GAAUUUUCUGAAGAGAAAGAUCAAGAAGACAUGAGUGAAUCCGACACUGAGAUGUUUAACUACGCCUCAUGGCCAAAGUCAGACAACGUAGGAGAUCAAAUCAAUCAAGAAGGCGAUCAGAAACAAUCAGAGAAGGGAAAUGAGCAGGAGGAGAAUAUGAAGAGUUCAUGUGUGGAGACAUUAGCAGAGAAUGAUGAAGAUGAUGUAGGGAAGAGUAAAGUGGGCGAUCUGGAGGAAACAGCUAGUGAGGGAGUCAUCUGUCCACCACCUUCACCAGCCAGAAUGAAAGCUGUGCUGACAACCCCAACCUUCUCCUUAAAUAACAGUCCCUACUGCUCACCUGAACAACCCGACAUCUCCGAAUCCAAAUCACCUGCUUUUGUUUUCUCUGCGAUUUCUGCUCCGAACACUCCAAGACUGGGCUGUGAUUUUGGCAUGGGCUCAACAGAAGAGGCCUCACCAUUUAUAUUUACAAGCUCCUACUUCAGCGACAAGAAGUCACCAGGAUCUGGACCAAAGUUCUCAGGUUUCUUGUUCGAUGAAGGCGAGAGUCGACAGGAAGAGUUUUCAUUUUCAUUCAGCAGUGAUAACCCACAGCAGAGCUCCUCAACACAGCCGACUACAGGACCUGAUGAUUCAUUUCCAUUCACAUUCAGCUUUGGAAAAUUAUAACCACGUAACUAUAAAUCUCUCUUCGUUAGAAAUCAUUUGAUUUAUCUGUUAGACUUAAUGUGUGUGUGUUAAUGAUUCUGGUAGUUUGUUGGUAGAGUUUGUUUGUGUCAGGAAUCAUUUAUAAUAACUUACUUACAUAGGUUAUAAUAACUUAAAUAAUAACUUAUUUACAGUGUUACAGAGAUAACUAAAGAGCAACAUUUGGUUAUUAAAUGUUUGUAUAUCUAGUACUGCUAAUACAGAAAGCUUUCAAAAACACGUUUGUUUAAAUAUACCUUUUAUUAUAUGUUUUAUUAUAUGUACUGUAUAUUUAUUGUACAGUAAAUAACACCAAAUACUUUUUUAUUGACAUUCAGCUCUAUCAUUACAUUCAUUUAACAUCUAUACUUUUAUUAGAGAUUUGUAAACAGAAAUACCAUUUCUAAAAUAUAAACAGCUGUGAAUAAUGUUUACAGUAUUAAGGCAACAAAACAACAAUUUUAUAUUUUA